UGUCAUUGUUUAUGAACUCAUGACAGCCACCUGACAGGAAUGCUGCCGUCAUAACUUUUGCAACCUAUAUAAGAACUGUUCCACGCAGCUCUGGAGGAGAACCCUCAGUCUUCAGCGCACACACACACCUGAGGCAGUCAAGAUGAAGUUACUGCUUGCCGCUGCUCUUCUGGCUGUAGCCAGCUGUGCCAGGGUCUCCCUGGAAGACCUAGAGUUUCACGCCUGGAAACUCAAGUUUGGAAGAUCUUAUAGCUCUCCAUCAGAGGAGGCACAUCGCAGGCAAACCUGGCUCAACAACCGCAAAACGGUGCUGAUGCACAACAUCUUAGCAGACCAGGGCAUGAAGUCAUACCGCCUUGGCAUGACCUACUUUGCUGACAUGACUAAUGAUGAAUACAAGCACCUGAUUUCUCGCGGCUCCCUGCGCUCCUUGAACUCCACCCUGCCUCGCAGUGGCUCUACCUUUUUCCGGAUGUCUGACGGAAACGACCUGCCCACCACCGUGGACUGGAGGGACAAGGGUUACGUCACUGAUGUCAAGGACCAGAAACAGUGUGGCUCCUGCUGGGCUUUCAGCACGACUGGCUCACUAGAGGGUCAACACUUCAAGAAGACAGGAAAACUGGUGUCUCUGAGUGAGCAGCAGCUGGUCGACUGCUCUGGUGAUUAUGGCAACUUUGGCUGCAACGGCGGCUUAAUGGACAAUGCCUUCAAGUACAUUCAGGCAAAUGGAGGUAUCGACACAGAAGACUCCUACCCGUAUGAGGCAGAGGAUGGAAACUGCCGCUACAACCCCAACACCAUCGGAGCCACCUGCACAGGCUACACUGACAUAACCUCAGGUGACGAAGACGCCCUGAAAGAGGCCGUGGCCACCAUUGGACCCAUCUCUGUGGCCAUUGAUGCAUCUCAUGAGUCCUUCCAGUUGUACGAUUCAGGAGUAUAUGAUGAGCCUGACUGCAGCAGCUCUGAGCUGGAUCACGGCGUGCUGGCUGUAGGUUAUGGCACUCAAAACGGAAAGGACUACUGGCUGGUCAAAAACAGCUGGGGACUUAGCUGGGGAGACAAGGGGUACAUCAUGAUGACCAGGAACAAAAGCAACCAGUGUGGCAUCGCCACUGCAUCCAGCUACCCUCUGGUCUAAUCAGGUCCAGAAUUGUCCAAAACAAGAAUAAUUAUUCAUUUUAAUUCUAGUUUGUAUGUUUGCACAUAAAUCUUCCAAGUCCUGUACUGUAACUGAAAAUGUCUUCUUUGCCCUGAUGACAUUUCAGUAACCUUGUAUGAACAAUGUAAAUAAAUGUAAAGAAAAUAAAAUAAAUUUUCACACUAUGAAAAGUGGAAGUUUUCUGGACCUUA